GAUUCUGCUCUUCUUCUUUCCUGUCCCCUGCAGCCUCUUCCCCAAGCUGCCGACACACCCUCUUGAGGAGAAGAAAUGGUAAAGCUUGAUUUUUUUUCCUUCUUUCUUGUUCAAGAACAAGCUUAGAACCUAGAACCUCCCCUAAAUCUAAGAAAAUUUCAGAUCUUGCAACCUUUCUUCUCCCCUGCUACCGGUUUCAGCUUGGUGAGGGUGGGGAUUUUUCGGUUUUCUGCCCCGUGAGCUUCCCCUCCAACUUACGCCGACUGCCAAGCUUGCCGACCCAGUUUGCUGGCCGGAAAUUCGGGUGCUAUUAUGGCUUAGAGCAUUGAGAUCGAGUCCUCGGUUUAUGUGAGUGAGGAAGCGAAGUCAAGGACGAGGAAAAAUGAGGGGAGUAACGAGUUAGAAGGCUAACCAUCUUGUAAAUUGAGCAUAGAUUUAGAUAUAAAUCAUGAUCUUGUAAGUUAGAUUUCAUUGGAAGAUUUUAUGAUAUCAGAGCAAAUUUUAAAAUUUUAUCUUCAGAUUUUGAAGUGUAAUUCCAAAGACACAUUUUACGCUUCAAUCCAAUUAUGCUCAAAAUGAUGAUGAGAAGCUUGAAUUUGAAUAUGAAUCAGGGAAUACAAACAUUUUGGCAAGCUCUUAAAGAGAAGAAGGGCACUGACAAAGGAGAUGAGGAAGAGAAGGAGGGCAGCGAUGGAGGAGAUGGAGGAGGUGCUCAGCAGAGGAGAGAAACCACUUUCCCGAAGACGAUCUGUUCUGUUUUGAGCCAAUCAGAUGAGGUAGAUGGUGAAGAUCGACGAAAGAUAAGAAGUGCAGUGACAGAGGAGAAGAUCGGCGGACGAAUGGUGGAAGAGAAAUCGGCGAACGAUCGGCGAAGAGAAGAUCGGCGGAUGAUCGACGGAAGACCCUUCUACAGUUCUGUUGCCCGGGCGAGCAUGGCGGGUCGAACGAGUCCAGCGGGCACGACGGGUUUUCCGGGUUUCAACGGGUUUCAACGGGCUAUUCACCUAAACGGGCUGAAGCCUUCAACCGGCCCGUUUUCAGGCCCGGGUCCGGUUCAAUCGGUUCAACCAGCCGGGCCGGGCCGGGUUCAAAAACAUUGGUCUGCACUUGUUUAGACUUGUUACUUGAAUAGAAUUUUUGUAUGCUCUUUCGUCAUAAUUGGAAAAUGUGGGGAGUUGCAGAGAUUUUUUGUUAUUGAUCCUGUUGGUCUCUACAGCAUAGCUGGUUGAGAAAUUUAUUCUGUUUGUCACGUGACCAGUGGAAGAUAGGCAACCCUCUACUUUGUAAGAGAUUCUAAGGCUAUUUUAGCAAAUGUUGUGUGUUUUCUAGAUGCGUUUUAGGAGCUAGACAACUUAGUAAUUUCGUUGCUCAUUAUCUUUCUGAAAGUCUAAUAGUAAAGUUUCACUUUUUCCAUUUGGAGCUUCAUGGUCUUUUCAUAUGGCUCAUUUUUCUAUAUCAGUUAAUCAAAAACAGUGAUCAAUUCAAUUGAAAUUGGCAUGUUUUUGUGAAGAUUGGCAAGUUGUCAUAAAGUUAAACUCUCUAUUGUUACUAAUCUCUACAUUCUUGAUACUUGAAAACUGCUUAAAACUCUUGAAAUCCAUCUUGAAUCUUUCUUGAGAUUGUUUUGUACUUGUUCUUGAAACUGAAAUCCAAAGGAAAUGGAUAAUGAUUAUUAGGAAAUACCUAUAUGAGACAUCUUAAUUCUUGUCUCCUGUAAGUGUUAAUCUUUGUAUUCUUAAUGUCUUAGCUUUGACUUGACUCUAGGAUGUCUAGGAUGACUUGAUUGUAAAUCUGCUUAGUCUCCAUUGGCUAUGAGGUGAAGGGGUAGUCUUUGAAGUACCUGAUGUCCUAGAGUUUUGUUCCAAGAGAAAUGGUUCUUUUAUCUGGCUGCUUUGAUUUUGUUUGCCCUUUUAAUUAGAAGACAGUAAUCUUUUAAGUAUCCUGAUCCCCACUAUUGAUUAUUUUGUCAAUUAAUUCGUGUUACUUGG